UUAGAAAUUUUAACUUCUUACUCAUUUAUUUGAAGAUUAAAGACCGUUUGAGGGACUCUUGAGACGAGAUCUUCAUUCCUAAUCGAUUGAUUUGAACUAAAGAGAGCAAAUAGAGAUCUUGGAGUCAUAUGAGGAAUUCUCGAGUUCUUAGCGUCAACUAGAGUCAGAGGAUACAGUCGAGUGAUACGCGAAGUAGCUAGAGUUCAAUCUCAACGAGCUGUUCAGCAACAAAAAACGGGUGAAAGACCUCAAGCUUCGGGUUGAGUUUAUGCUAUGACGGGUAUAAACACACUUUGUGUUAUAUUUGGUAGAAGUUUUUGUGUGUUAUUUGAUUUUGGAGCGACACACUCGUUUGUGUCAGAAAAUUGUGUUAAAGAUUUGGGUUUGCAUGUGGUGGAGUUGAGGUAUGAUUCUUUUGUAUCUACCUUAGCUUCAGGUUUGGUGAAGACAUCUACAGUAUGUGUUAGAUGUUCGAUGAUGGUAGAGGGUCAUAUCUUCAAAGUCAAUAUGAUAUGUCUAUUCCUGCAAGGGUCAGAUGUAAUCUUAGGGAUGAAUUGAUUAUCUGCCAAUCAUAUUUCUAUUGAUUGCAACCAAAAAAUGUUGAGUUGGUGUCUUCGCGUCAGAUUGUUAAGGAGGUUAAAGACGGGUCUUUAUGCUUUGUAAUCUUAACUCAUCUGGUGGUGGAGGAAGGUGAAAAGAAUACAAAGAUCCCUUUUGUGUAGGAUUUUUCAUAUGUUUUUUUUUAUGAAGUGUCUGGUUUGCCUCCUAAGAGAGAGGUGGAGUUUUCAAUUGAUUUGAUGCCGGGAGUAAGACUAGUAUCAAUUGCUCCUUAUCGUAUGGCUCUAGCUGAGCUAACUGAGUUAAAGAAGUAGAUAUAUGAGUUGUUGAAGAAAUUGUUUAUUCGUCCCAGUGUGUCGCCUUGAGGAGUAUUGAUUUUGUGGUGAAGAAAAAUGAUGGUAGUUCAAGACUAUGUGUAGACUACAGGUAGUUAAAUAAGUUGACCAUCAAAAGUAAAUAUUCGUGAAUAGAUGAUCUAAUGGAUCAGCUGCAUAGGGCAGUGGUAUUUUCUAAGAACGACUUGAGAUUGGGGUAUCAUCAGAUAUUGGUCAAAUCUGAAGAUGUGUAGAAAAUCUCCUUUAGGUCUUGGUAGGGGCAUUAUAAGUAUGUGGUUAUGCCAUUUGGUGUGACUAACGCUCCUGUCUUGUUCAUGGAUUAUACGAAUAGGAUCUUUAGGACCUUUCUAGAUAAGUUUGUGGUGGUCGUCAUAGACGACAUUCUUAUUUACUCCAAAUCAUAUGAAGAGCAUGAGGAGCAUCGGAGGACAAUUCUUAGCAUCUUGAGGAAAAAAAAGUUGUAUGCUAAGUUGUCUAAAUGUGAAUUCUGGAUGAAAGAAGUGCAGUUCUUAGGCUAUGUUAUAUCAGCCCAAGGAAUUCUCUAGAUCCAACAAAAGUGAAUGCAUUGAUAGAGUGAGAGCGUCCAAAGUCUAUGACCGAGGUAAGGAGUUUCAUGGAUUUUGUUGGUUAUUAUAAAAGGUUCAUUGAAGGAUUUUUCAAGAUAGUAGCGCCUUUAACAUAGUUAACUAGUAAAGAUAAGCCCUUUUGCAUGGACAAAUAGAUGUGAGGAGAGUUUCCAAGGGUUAAAGAAAAGGUUUACUAGUGCCCCAAUGUUAGUGAUUCCUGACACAAGUAGAUCUUUUGGGGUCUUUUGUGAUGCAUCAUAUCAGGGUUUUGAUUGCAUGCUUAUGCAAUAAAAGAAAGUGGUGGUAUACGCUUCAAGGCAAUUAAAGGUUCAUGAGAAGAAUUACCCCACUCAUGAUAUAGAGUUAGCAACAAUGACGUUCGCCUUGAAGACAUAGAGAUACUACUUGUGUAGUGCUCAAUUUCAGGUACUGGUUUGAUCAAAAGGAUUUAAACAUGAGGUAGAGGCGAUGGUUAGAAAUUUUAAAAGAUUAUGAUUUAGAGCUUUUAUACCAUCCGGGAAAAGCUAAUGUGGUUGUAGAUGCUUUAAAAAGAAAGGCAAUGGAUAUAAGAUGGUCAAACAACUUGAGCUAGUGGAGAAGUUUAGAAGAGUGAAAUUGCAGGUGGUUAUGGGAAAAAGAUGUCAUUAGAUGUAGUCACAUGACAAUAUCUAGUGAUUUCUUGAGUUUGGUUAAAGAUAAACAAUUGUUAGAUCCUAGUUUACACAAGAUUAUGAAGUUGAUUGGAUUUGAGUCGGCUAAAGAUUUUGUGAUGAGUAUUGAUGGGGUUUUCAAGUUUAAAAACAAAGUUCGUAUUCCUAAUGAUGUCAAAUUGAAUAGGUUGGUUUUAAAAGAAAGGCACAUAAGUCGUCUGAGUAUUCAUUCUGGUAUGAACAAGAUGUAUCAAGAUCUAAAGGAUUCUUUCUGGUGGUCGGACAUGAAGCAUGAUGUGGCUUAGUUUGAAGCAUCUUGUUUAACGUGUCAGGGGGCAAAGGUUGAACAUCAACUACCUGAAAGGAUGUUACAACAAUUAAAGGUGCCAUAGUGUAAAUGAGAUAACAUAGCUAUGAUUUGUUACCCAUCUGCCAUGAUCAGUAGGUGGUCAUGAUUCAGUUUGGGUGAUAGUGGAUCGUUUAAGAAAGAGUGCACAUUUUCUAGCAGUUAAUCUACAGAUGUCAAUGGUCAAAUUGGCAAAACUCUACAUUAAGGAAAUAAUAAGAUUGCAUGACGUACCUUUAAGUAAUGUGUCAGACAAAGAUCCUAGAUUUACUUCUAGAUUUUGACAAAUGUUGCAGCAGUCUUUGGAUAAUAUAUUGAGCAUGAGUUCUGUCCAUCAUCCUUAGAUUGAUGGACAAUAAGAAAGAACAAUUCAAUCACUUGAAGAUUUGUUGAGAACUUGUGUACUAGAUCAUAUGGGUGGAUGGAAUGAAGUGUUACCUUUAGUGAAGUUUACCUAUAAUAACAGUUAUCAUGUUAACAUCAGGAUGACUCCAUAUGAAGCACUGUAUGGUAGAAGGUGUAAAACCCCUUUAUGUUGGUAUAAAGACGGUGAGGCAGUUUUGGUCAAGCCAGAAUUGUUGAAGCAAACUACAGAUAAGGUGACGAAGAUACAAGAGAGGAUGAAGGCAUCUCAGAGUCGACAAAAGUCUUAUGCGGAUGAGAGGAGGAAACCUUUGGAGUUUGUGUGGGGGAGCAUGUUGAGGAUAACUUCAACCACUGGUGUGGGAAGGGCUAUUCACUCAAGGAAAUUAUCUUUUAAGUUCAUUGGUCCAUAUCUGAUUUUGAGAAGAAUUGGACUGGUAGCUUAUGAAAUAGCUUUGCCUCCUCAUUUAACUAAUCUUCAUCCAAUUUUCCAUGUCUAUCAGUUGAGAAAGUACAUGCCUAGUUCAUCUCAUGUAUUGGAUGUUGAGAAUUUGCAAGUUAAGGAAGAUCUUUCAUUAGAGGUGUUGCCUGUUAGUGUUGUAGAUCACCAAACAACAUCGCUUAAAGGAAAAUCCAUCAGUUUAGUCAAGAUAGUCUGGGACGGGAGAACAUGUGACUCUACUUGAUAGUUAGAGGAGGAUGUGAGGAAGUUAUAUCCACAUUUCUUUUCUGGUAAGUUCAAUUUUCGAGGUCGAAUAUUUUUGUUGUUGGGGAGAGUUAAGAACCUAAAAUUUUUGAGGUUGAGUAUUAGAUGCAGUAGAAGAAAAUCGAGUAAUGGAUGCAGUAUAGUGUUUUAAAUAAUGAUACUCCAUUAUUUUAAUUCCAAAAAUAUCAAAAGUAUAAAUAUAAUUUUUAAUAAGGAGUUUCAUUAUCUAAAAAGCUUUAUCUCUCUAAAACUCCUUUCUUUAAAAUUCUUCUGCCUUCUAUCUAGAAGUUCUAGUUUCCUACUCAUCUAUCUGAAGAUCAGAGACUGCCUAAGGGAUCUUUGAGGAGGGAUCUUCAUUCCUAGCCGAUUGGUUUCAACUAAAAAGAGCAAAUAGAGAUCUUGGAGUCGUAGGUGGAAUUCUAGAGUUCUUGGAAAUGUCUGAGCAUCAACCAGGUAAGAGAAACUGGAUUUCUUUGAUUUUAAUUGAUAGACAAGUUUUAUUUGAUGUUUGUAUGAUUGUUUAGUGGUUGUAUUGUGAAAAUAAUUGAUUCAUGACAUUUAGUAUGUGAAGUUACUAUUUGGAGUUUGCUAUAUGAGUUGAACUUCAUGAAUACUUGUGUGUAGAUGAAAUUUUGAUAUUGUAUUUGAUUUUUAAUGAAUUUGGGAAUGUUAGAUUGACUAUGUUGUUUUGAAAGAUGGUUGUAAAACCUUGGUCUUAUCAUAGAUUAGAAGAAUGAUGCAUUUUUUACUUAAAAUGGCGGUUUUAACAGGUAAAAUUUUGUAAGAGUGGUUAUUAGAGAAAGUUUGAAGUUUGUUGACUGUUUUUAGGUGAUUUAAGAUUUGGUGGGCUUAACUUUGUAGAAAUCUGGUUUGUAUAGAGUGAAAACUGUCAUGUGCAAUUUGGGUAGUUAGAUUGAGCAAUUGAAUAGAAAUCACCUUUUUAGAGUUCUCUAACUUUUCUCUAGGAGUUCUUUUUCUUUGUUAAUCUUUUUGAAGAUUAGGAAACGCCUUUGUGAUCCUUAAUGCAAGGUCUACCAACCUAUCAGAUCAAUUUGUCCAAAAGAGUGUUAUUUGGUCUCUUUGAGCAAAGAUAGCAGAGUAAAGUUCUCUAGAGCUGAUUUGAGUUUUUAACAGUGGUGUGGAUGGCUUAUUCCCGUUGGUGUUGGUUCCCACUGUACGUUGCAGCCUCAAUAGCUCUUGGAAUCAUCGCCAUAUCCUCUGCAAUUCGUUCCUCUGAAUCCAAGAACUCAAGCCAAGAAGCCACACCCAUACACCAUGAUAUCUCUCUCAAUGCUUCCAACGCUCUCCGAAGAGCUGGCUUCCUUCUAAUGGCAGACCUUCUCCACCACUCUCCUUCCUUCUUCAAACCGCCCCAAAACUCAACCAUCUUCGCCAUCAGAGACUCCGCCAUCAGAAACACCUCACACCCUCUCUGGUUCCUCAAAACCCUCCUCCUCUAUCACACCACGACCGCCUCCUCCUCCAACCCCUUCUCCUUCCACGACCUCCUCAACAUGUCCCAAGGAACCUGCCUCACCACCCUCCUCCGCCACAAAAACAUUUCCCUCACCAAGGUUGACCCUGCAAGAAACUCCGUCGAGAUCAACAACGUCUUGAUAUCAAACCCUAACAUCUUCCUCGGAGACCAACUAGCCGUGCAUGGCGUUCUUGCACCCUUCUCCCCCUUGCACCCGCAAGACCUUCUUCAACGGGGUUUGGAUUUCUUCAUUCGACCCCCCACUUGUUCUUCCAACGACUCCCUUUCCAAGAACGGGGUUCGCUGGAACCGCGUUGUUCACUUGCUCCGUGCAAAAGGGUACGCUUCGUUCUCCGUUGCACUGCGUUCGGUUCUUGAAGGAAUAAAGAAAGAUCAUUCAGGUAGUUUGGGUUUUGCUACCAUCUUUGCUCCUCCUGAUUUCAUGUUGAUUGGCUCCAACCCUUCGACUUUGCUUCAUAGAGCUGUGAGGCUUCAUAUUCUUCCCGAGAGGUUUCGUUACGAAGAACUCGCUUCUCUGCCGGUUAGGACUCUCUUGAAGACGCUCGUGCCUGAUGAGCUUCUUGAGAUUGAUGGGAUUCUGGAUUUCGCGCCUGGCAUGUUCGUUAAUGGUGUUGAGAUUGUGGCACCUGACAUGAUCACUUCCGAGAACUUCGUGGUUCAUGGGAUUUCUAAAGCUUUUGAAAUGACUGAAUACUCAUUCUCUGAUGAUGACGAUGAUAUCAGCGACAGCUCUUUGUCUAAGGAUAAAACUCAAAACAUUUUUACAGCUGAAAAGUCAGCUAAAAAGGUGAACGAAUAUUUUGAAGAUAGUGGAUCAAAAACCUCGCGCUAUUACAUACGGGGAUCCAAGCUAAAUUUGGAUGAUGCAGAAAAAGAUAUUCAAGAGUUGAACAGUGAUGAAGGCGUAUUUUCUGAAGAGGGAUAGGCAUGAGGAUGCAUGAUUGUACCAACACAGGGUUGAAAUUCUCUGUUCAACAAAUUUCCUUCUUAUUCGGUGAAUUCACCCUUGUAGAAAAAACAUUGUCUAUGUUUGUUCAUUUCUUCUCAAUCAAUUGAACAAGUAAACGUUUAUGUUU